AUGUCCGCGACUGACAGAAAGGACGAUACCGACACGGUGAAAGCGUCAGCACAGCAUAUUGAGGAGCAUGGCAUGACGCACGAUGCGAAAGAUGCUGCUAUCGAUGCGGCAGCACAGGGUCAAACUGUAGUGGGCUACGAGACUUUAACGGUAUGGCAGACGGUCAAAACGUUCAAAGUUAGUACGGCAGUAUGCUUCGCAGCCGCUCUCAGUGCAGCAACGGACGGAUACCAAAUCGGCAUCAAUUCCAGCAUCAUCGCCAACCAGGGUUUUGUCAACAAAUUUGCAACCGCAUACGAUCCGCUGGGCAAGCCGUACCUCGAGUCUCCUAUCAUUAGCGGCUUCGGCACCAUCCAGUCCGUGGGGCAGAUCAUCGGCAUGGUCACGCUGCCCUUUAUAUCCAGUCGAUUCGGGCGGAAAUGGGCUCUCUACACGCUCUGGUUCAUCCUGGCAUGCAGCAUUCUCACUGAGAGCCUCGCCACUGCUUGGCCACAUUGGCUGGUGGCAAAGCUUCUCUCCGGCAUAGGCGUCGGCUGCAUGCAGACAACUUUACCCACGUAUAUAUCCGAAGUAGCGCCCAACCGCAUCCGUGGUGGCCUGUUGAUGUGCUAUAGUCUGUGGUUCUCGCUCGGUCAAUUCUUCGCCAUCAUCGCGCUGCAGCGCAUGAACACGCUGUCGCCGCUGAAUUUCAGAACCGCAAUCCUGACGCAGUGGGCACAAAUUGGGCUUAUGGCAAUUAUCUAUCUGCUGAUUCCUGAGUCACCGAGUUGGUGUGUCUCAGUUGGCAAUUCAACACGCGCGAAGCGCGAACUGAAGAAAUUGAACCGCGGCGUGAAGGAUUUCAAUCUUGAGCAAAAUUAUCAGGCCCUAGUGCUCGUCGCGGAACAUGAGAAGGCAGUGGCAAUCGAGCAGAAAAGAGAGAAUUGGUAUGCGAUUUUCCAGGGAGUUAACGGUGUGCGCACACUUGCUGCUUCAUGGGCGCUUGUGUCGCAGCAACUCGUUGGGCUGACGCUCUUUGGUACUUAUGGGACGUACUUCUUCCAGCAGGCCGGUUUGAAGGAUCCAUUCGCCAUCACGUGUAUUACCAGCUCGCUAAUGAUUGCGACUGCAAUCGUAGUCAUCUUCCUUGCGGAUCCGUUAGGGAGGAGGUGGAUUGGAUGUGGCGGCGUCACGCUGAGUUGGCUUUGCUGUCUUGUCAUUGGCAUUUUGGGUGUAACAAAGACUCGUCUCCGACCAUAUACCGCCGGAUUUGCCGCAGCCCUGUCCUGCGUUGCCGGCGUUGUCAUGAAUCAGCUCGUUCCAUACAUGGUCAACGAGAACGAAUGGAACUGGGGUUACAAGACGGGCUGGUUUUACGCCGGCAUUGGUCUUCCAGCCGUCGCUGGCAUGUGGCUUUUGGUUCCCGAGACAACUGGACGCAGCGCUGCUGAACUAGACGAGCUGUUCAAUAACAAAGUUCGCCCGUGGCGAUUUGCCAAGACGGAGACUGCAACGCAGCGCUUGCUCAAGGUUGAAGCGUCGGAGUAUCUAAAAAAUUAA